AUGCCGGACGACAAACAGCAGAUUGCAACCAUCAAAAGCCAAACGCUGGCCACGAUGGCGGCCAUCACCGAGAGCCCAAAGCCUUCGUACUACAUCGACGGGCAACAGGUGGCCUGGGGCGAAUACCUGCGUCAGCUACAAGCCACGGUCGAGUGGUGCAACACCCAACUCACCGGCGAAGAGCACGACGUAAUGCCGGUUCCCUGGGAUAUCUCCGACGACUUCGAAACCGUGGUCGAUGCCGCCGUGCCGGUGACCGUGUGGAACGACACGCUGAGUACCAGCUACACCGUCGAGGCAGCGCUGCGACGGGCCGUCGAUCUGGCUGAGCGGGAAGUGAGCGAGGGAAAGUAUCGGGCGACCGACACCGUGUGGCACUUCCCUACCGCGGGAGCACUGGCCGGUGUGGAUGUGAAGCCGGGCUGGUUUGUGAUUCAGGGGACCUCGGUGUGGAGAGUGCUUCGCGCCAGCAACCAAAGCCUGGCGAACCGCUGGCGGGCCGAAUGCCGAACGCUGGAGAUCGACGCGAACGAAACCGUGACAAUUGAAGUUGCCACGCAUUCCCAAACCACCAGCGGAGCCCCGCAGACCACGUGGAGCACGUUCGCCACCGGUGUGGUCGGUCGAUUGCAGCGAAACGAAAACACGCCCGGCGUCGAGAAGCAGCGCCGCAGCGACCGCGAACAAGCCCGACUGUACACGCUCGCACAGUAUCUACUCGACACGAACUACCGCGUGUUCGACGGCACGCACUAUUGGAACGUGACCGGUUACGAACAGCCCGACGACAUCGCCGCGUUGCCGGUCCUCACAUUGGAACCCAUCCGCAACCACUGGAUUACCUACCGCCCGUUGACCGACAUCGUGCCGGCAUCGCGGGUGUGGGUCGACGAGCAUGACGGUUCGGAGGGACUGCCGUAUGUGGUGGUGACGCUGGAGAGCGAGACGCCCGACCGAUUUUCCAGCGGCGAUCGUUCGUACUCCGCGGUGGUGCGGCUGGCGGUCUACGACCACGACUUCGAACGUGGCGAAGCCCUGUUGGAGCGGGUGCGGCAACGGUUCGAUCGGGCGGAGAUGCCCGCGGGCAAUCGCACGAUUUUGCAGGCGCGGUUCACAAACAAAGCCCGCCGCCGCGACGAGGCCCGACUGGCGUGGGUAUUUCUCGACGGACUAGAUCUGUCGACCGUGCAAGACGACUCGGCGCUCGAGUUCAAGCAAAGCAUCACCGACGGCACGGGAGCGAACGAGGCCGACAAGAUCUGGCACGACCGGCGGACGCUCUCGGCUGCGGCCUCCGAAACGCUCGAUCUCAGCGGGCUGACUCACACGCUGUUCGGCUCCACCGUCACCAUCGACCUGGCGAAGGUGAAGUGCUUGUUCAUCAAGAAUCUCGCCACAAGCACGGGCGAAGAACUUCUGGUUGGUGGCGCGGCCUCCGAUGCGUUUGAAGUUCCCUUCGGCAACGUGGCCGGCGGCGUGGUCGAAGUGGGGCCGAACAGCCCCUUGCUGUUGGCGAACUUGCUCGACGGAUGGACCGUGGGCAGCGACGUGAACCUGAAGAUCGCCAACACCGGCAGCGGCGACAUCACCUACGACAUCGUAAUCGUGGCGCACAUCACCGGGUGGACGCUCACCGAGACAAGCAACAACCCGGCGUAUGCUUCGAGCGAAACCGGCGGGGCCAAAACUCGCGUGAUGGGCGUGAAAGACGCCGCCGGAUCGAUGCAGGGCAAGCUGGACGACACGACGAGCCAGGACGCGUCGAUCAAGGCCGGCUCCAGCGGCACGGCCAAGCUCUACACCGACGGCUCGAAGUAUAUCGAGGUCGACAUCAUCAUCGACCGUUUCGAAGUCGAGGUCGAUCCCGACGAAGGCGAAAUCGUUUCCUUCUCGGCCGAGUUCAGCGCCACGGUCUUCGGUGAUCGUGUCGAGGCGCGGAGGGCGAAGCAGGCGAAUCCGCGAGAUUCGUCGAUGCAGCCUGACAAAGCAUUCGGUGCGAUCGCCGGAGAUCGAAGCCGAAAUGAGGUGGGUGGAAAGACCUAUUACAUUGCCGCCACGGUCAACUCCCCUGCCGCCUGGGCCGAGGUGUGUGAACACAUCAAGGCACGUCGCGAAAGUCCUUUGAGUCGGCUGGCUGGGCAUCUCGACAAGUUCAACGAGCGGCAGCAGGAAGUGUUGCUGCGAGCGGCGGUUGAGCAGGAGACCCGAGUUGCCGAGGACCCCAGCGGCGAGGAGAUCGACCGGUUUCUCAACACACUGGAAGGCGCGGCCUACCUGUUGUGGAUCGGUCUGCGUGACCGGCAUCCGGAGUUUGAAACGCCGGCGGAGGUGAUGGAGUUGAUUCGCGAUCGUUCGGUCGAGGCCCAACAGAAGCUGGACGAGGCGGGAGGCAUCUAUCGCAAGCUGAGUGCGGCUUAUCACUGGACGCCCGAGCAAAUCAACCAAAUGACGAUGUGGCAAAUCAACAUGUACCUCGGCCUGCGAAUGCCCGGCGAAACCAUCCGCUUCCAAUCGCUGGCCGAAGCCCGGGCGUAUCGCGCAGCGAGACAACGGGAGACUGAAUGA